AUGCUCGUGAGGAAGGGCGUUGGUGGGAAACGACAUCGCGCUGGACGACGGCCAAGUCCCGUAUGGUCCUUUUUUACCGAGAUCCGGACAGCUGAUAAUAAAGUGUAUGCCCAUUGUAAUUUCUGUCCCAAACGUCUUGCGGCUGUGGCUUCACGCAUGCGACAACACGUACUGACCAAGUGCUCGCAUGCACCGACGGACAUUAAUCGAUUAUUGGAUGAAGCAAUUGCGACUAGUGCCACAAGCGAAUCGGUGGUACCAAUUAGUAUCGAUAGUACAACAAAUGGUGGCUCAGUAGCUGUUACAGACUUGGAGAUUCCUCGAGAUUCAGAGACGAUUGUAGACUCGGUUUUAUCGCCGUUUGUUGUUAAGAGACGGAAGAAUUCGAUGGAAAAACAUCAUGAUAUGAGACAACAAGGUGAAGCUUCAGAUGAGGAGGACAAUGGGUCGAUAUUGAGUCAAGAGAAUACGACGAUGUUCAAGGAGCAAGUUGAAGAAACUGUUGCUCAAAAUGAAGUGGAUGUCGUGGACGAUCAAAGACACGAUCAAGUGGAAGAUAAUGAAGACGAUGCAGUCGGUCGUGUGUAUCAGAAACUCGUGUUGGCUUGUGUGCUGAAUGAUAUUCCUGCUACGUUCGUGGAGGACGAGGCACUGAUAGAAGCGUUCGCGUUGGCACGUCCUGGACUACCGCGACUGUCGGCGGAGAAGGCUCAGACGACAGUGUUGCAGGAACUAGCAGAUGAAGUGACCAAGAAAAUGGAGCAACAAGUGGCAAGCUGUGAAGUGCUCACUCUUGUGUAUAGACACGUUAAAAGGAGCCAUACAGGAAACGAUACAGGAACGUCGUCAAAGUGGUGCGAUCGAUGGGUAGGUGUGGAUGAACACCGCAAGGUCUUUCCACUCAAGGAAACGUAUCAGGAGGUCGAACCAUUAUCAUCGUGUAUGACAGAUGAAAAUUCUUGUAGAUAUUGCACAUCACGUGAAGCAUUUGAUACCGUCGUGUCGACCUAUCGCCUCAGUCUGGCUCCGGAAGCGGUCUUCUGUCUUUGUUGUGAUUGUCCUCAAGUGUAUCAGCAAUUGCGUUUGGAACAGAAGCUGGCUCUGUCAACAUCCAUCCAAGACGCGGACACCGUGAGUCAACUUGCUGCCAAGUCAAAAACACAAAUGCUGUUGAGCACGUGUCUAGUUCGUCUGUCUUUUGUACUGCGCAAGGAAUUGCUAAACACAUUCCCCGCAAUCAUUGAUCUACUCAACAAAGCUAUUUUUCUUGGUCACAGCGUGUCCAAGAUUACAUCACUACAACCACAACUGGAGAACCUGCUGGAAUCAUCAAGCUGGGAUGCCGUACCCCGACUAGUCAAGCGUAUGGUGUACCUGGAGAGUGAUAUUCGCCGAUAUCAAGCAAAGGUUUCUGUACCUGCUGCAGAAGUUGCUUCAUUCUGGAACAAAUUGCGUGUUGUGGACACGUUGCUUACGCCGUUUAAUUGGAUGCUGGCGCUCAGUGAAGCCAGAGAAGCGACGUCUGCGCAGUAUAUUGUACUUUGGCUGUGGUUGCUUGCAAUCGUGGAAUCCACGACGUCGUCAUUGCUUCCAGAGCAAGAGAAGGAGUGCUUUGUAUCCACUGUUAUGUCUUUCAUUGGACAUCACAUUGACUCGCAUGAGCUUGUGUGCAUGUUCUUGGAUCCUCGCGUCGCUGGCGCUGGGCUUUCGAUCUCUGGCAAGCGGCGUGUAAAAUCAAUGGUCGUUCAAGUAGCUGAGCGCGUGUUUCCCAGUGAAGGAUUCGGCACUGGUGCUGCUCGUUCUCAGCUGCUAAACCAACUGAGUGAUUAUGCAGAGAAGACUGGUAGUUUUGCCGAUGUAGUUGCGUGGGAAAUGAGUGCGGGUCGACCUCCAAAAUUGUUCUGGAACGACUUUGUAGAAGACGCACCGCAUUUGGCUCGCGUGGCACGCGCUGUGAUUGCCGUCACGCCGUACGCACAGACAGCGACCGAGUCGUUGAACCUUCCACUCCCGACAAAAGAAUUCUCGUGGGAACAAACGUUUGCAGUGCAGCAAUUGAAGUUUCAGGCUCGAAAGACAUCACCUCAAAGCACUAGUGGUCUUGAGCAGUAUCACUCGUUGUUAUUCCCUCCUUCUCCGUUAACACAAGGCAGCGUAUCGGAUGGUACGCUCUCAGUUGAAGUGGACAAGGCUCUUCGAGUCAACAACAACACGCCACGAUGGUCUGUAAGCGAUGAAACCGAAGUCGAGGCGAUCGUCACGCAUCAAUUGAGUUUGAUACUAAAGGUAGGCAGUGACCAUGAUAUCCAUGUCAACCAAGUGCUGUCUACACCACCAAAACAAACAGCACAAAACAACGUGAGUCUCUCGUGGUUUGCAUUUCAAUCCAUCAACGAUCUCAAGACCUUGGAACAAACUGUCAAAAAUUUCAUCUCAUGUCCCCCAACCGUCAACAUCAUCUAA